AUGAAUCCCAGCAAUGGACAAUCUACCCUCUCCCCCGCGAAGAUGAGACAGUAUUCCCACCUUCACGCGCAGCUAGCUCAGCUCAAUGCCAACCUCGCCGAUACGCAGAAUCUCAUGCGCAUGACAAGCGCUCAGGCAAGCGACCUUCGGUUUCUAGGUGGCUAUGUAGGGAGUCUGUUCAUGGGUGCGGCGAAGGUUCUAGGCGAGGAAGGGAUCAAUAGGCAAGAUGACAACAGCAAGAAAGGCGAAAGUAAAAGCAAAGACACUACCCGAACGGAUGAUGAGGAUGAAAACUGUGAAGACGAAGACGAGAGCCGCCGUUAG